CUAUGAGCACUACCACCACCCGCCUCGCUUACUCCUUACGCGCAGGAACGUUCCGACCUGCCAAUCGUUCGGUCCCAUCAUCUACUUCCAAAUUAUCUACGCUUUCCCUUCGUACCAAUGUACCUGGUUCAUCCAAGUUCCCCAACACCCGCCAGACUACCUUUACCCGAUCGUUUCAUGCAUCACACGCGGCGCACGACUUCCAUUUCGACACCCACCACUUUGUACAGCGGCUCGAGCGCGAGGGGCUCAACCGGGCACAGGCGGAAGGCAUAAUGGGUGCCAUGGCGGAGGUUAUCGACGAGAGCAUACGGAAUAUGACGAGCAACAUGGUCACCAAAGCUGACCAGGAGAAACAUCAAUACACUCAGCAAGUCGACUUUGCACAGCUGAAAUCCGAGCUGCAGCUUAUAGAGAAGAACGACCUAGCUUCUUUGAAGGCUGAUAAUGACCGCUUGGUUGCGGAUAUGGAGAAGCUGAAACAGCGACUGCGGGAAGAAAUCACGCGCACGCAGGCUGGCGUUCGACUGGAUCUUAAUUUGGAGAAGGGACGGAUGCGAGAUGAGAGCAGUGGACAGGAGCUGAAGAUCAAGGAGGUGGAUACGAGAAUCGAACAGGAGAUUGCAAAUUUGAGGACGACGAUUCAACAAUCGAAGGCAACAACGCUGCAGUAUCUCGUUGGAUUCGUGACCGGGUGUUCUGCGCUUCUGAUGGCGUAUCUGAGAUUCCGAGUAUAACACGGAUGCCAUCAUGUGCCUAUUCAAACUCGGGGGGCUUCGAUCAUGCCAAAGAUCGACAUUAUAACCUAACUUAUUGUCGUCCUAGGACACACUUAAUUGUAUGUCUGACUGUAGAUACCACAUGGAUUCUAGUGGAAAUUGAUAACUGAUAACAUUAAGGUGACUCUACCAAACCAACCCAA